UAAAAAAAUAUGUAAUAUAUAAAUAAUAGUAAAUAAAUAUAAAGUAUAAAUAUAAAUAUAAAUAAUGUUAUAUUUAUAAAACGUGUAGAUAACAUUUGCUUAAAUUGAGUAUUGAAAAAUAAAAGAUAAAAAAAAUAUAAUCAAAAUUAAAUUAAAUCUAUUCAUGUUGAUCUAGUACAGUUUUGAUCGUGCCAAUGUGAUUUGAGACAGCCAAUAGUUAAUACCCUGAAUUAAAAAAAAAAAUGUAAAUAAAUGCAAAAAAAAAAAAAUGAAAAUAGAUGAUUUAAAUUGAGAAGUGUUUAAACGACAACAAGAAUUGGUUACCAUCCAAAACGCCAAUUAAUUCCGCGUUGCGGCAUUGGCAUGAGUACAAACACACAAACUUAAACAGUGGUAAAGAUAUGCUAAAUUUAUCUACAAAACGUAUGGUAAUGUAAUACGAUUCAGAAUUGGAUGAGGUGCUGAUGCAGUUAUUUGACAAAAAAAUAAAAUAAAUAAUUGACAAUACAUAAUAUCGAAAUCAUCAUGGCCUCAAAUAAAGCGUAAUCGCAUCUAAUUAUUCAAUUUUUUAAAAACACUCAGAUGAAUAAAUUCUAAAAAAAAAAAACGUGGUGACGUUGCUAAACAAGUAUUUAUUUAUUAUUCAUAAUUUGACACAGUCAUGAAUGAAACUUGUGACGAGUUGGUUGAUCAUAAUUACAUGCUGGAAAAAUUUAAACAUGCUGGAAAAUUGUGGUACAUUGUUGAUCCAUACGAGACGACAUUUGAAAAUUACCAAGAUGUCCCUGAUUAUCACAAGCAGAUUUGGCUAUCAUUUUUUGUUCUUAUUAUUUUAGAACAAGUUAUAUUAUUUUCUAAAAAAAAAAGUACAUUUCGUUUUAAUGAUCAUUUUACAUCAUUAUCACACUGGAUACUUCAAGAAUCAUCUCGAUUAUGUUUACGUGGUGCUGAGUAUUACACAUAUAUAAAAAUAUAUGAAAAUUAUCGAAUAAUAAAUUUGCCAUGGAAUUCAAUAUGUACUUGGUACAUAACAGCAUUGGGGGUUGAUUUUUGUUAUUACUGGGUUCAUCGUGCAAAUCACGAGGUCCAUUUUUUGUGGUCACAGCAUCAAGUUCAUCAUUCUUCAGAGGAAUUUAAUCUUGUGGUUGGUCUGCGGCAAUCAGUCUUGCAACAGUGGUGUAGCUUUAUGUUCUACUUACCACUUGCUGUGUUUAUACCACCAUCUCAUUUUGUUGCUCAUCAUCAGUUUAAUCUUAUUUAUCAGUUGUGGAUUCAUACGACACUUAUUGAUGACCUUGGUUUACUUGAAUUUGUGUUAAAUACACCAAAACAUCAUCGUAUACAUCAUGGUUGUAAUUUAUAUUGCCUGGAUAAAAAUUAUGGAGGUGUGUUGAUAAUAUGGGACAGAUUAUUUGGUACAUUUCAAGAAAAAUUACCAAAUCAAGAUAUUAUUUAUGGACUUGUUGUUAGUGCUAGAAAAUUUAAUCCAAUUUAUUUGCAAACUUUUUAUACGAGAGCUAUGAUUAAUCAAAGUAUCAAGAUGAAAACAAUGUCUGAUAAAAUUGGAGUCCUUUGGAAAGGACCAAGUUGGCUACCAGGAUUACCAAGACUUGGACUUGACGAAUUUAAAGUCAAUGUAACUUCAAGAAGUAUUUAUGAUCCUCAAUUACCAAUUUGGCAAAAAAUUUAUAUUAUUAUUCAUUUUGUUAUUGUUUUCUAUUUUCAUUAUCAACUUUAUCAAGCAAAACAAAACUGUAAAUUAUUUAAUAGUUCAUUAGUUAUAAAUAAUGUUAUAACUUUAACAACAAUUGGUCUUUUAUUUGAUAAAUUUAAAUAUGCAAGUGUUGUUGAAUUAUUUCGUUGUUCAAUGCAAUUUAUUUUCAUAAAAUAUUAUUUAAACAAUGACAAUACAACUUAUGAAUUAAUUUGUAGUGUUUAUUUAAUUUGUUGUUGUUUAUGGAUUAUGGAAAUUAUUUAUAAUGCUACAACAAGUAUUCGAAGAUUGUAGAAAUUUAAAUUGAAAACACACCGGCUCAAGCCAAAUUGUUUAACAAGUUUUCACAUUAUUUUUCAACAACAUUAAACGAGUUCAAAGACUUUAAUUUAAGUAUAAGUAGUCAAUGAUAAUCAUUAGA